UGUCGCGUUUCAAUUUGUGAUUUUUUUCUUUUUUUCUUUUUUUUUCUUUUUAGAAUAAAACAUGUCUGCUCUCCGUGCAUUCACCUCUCUUAAGGCUGCCACUCGCCAAACCUCUUUCCGUUUCGCACCUGCUGCUGCUGUUGGUGCCACUCGUGCUUACUCUUCAAAGGUUAAGUCUUUGAAGGAACGUGUUGCUGAACUCAUUCCUGAAAAGCAAGCCGAAGUCAAGGCUUUCAGAAAGGAUUACGGUUCCAAGGUCCUUGGUGAAGUUACUGUUGACCAAGCCUACGGUGGUAUGCGUGGCGUCAAGGGUCUUAUUUGGGAAGGUUCCGUCCUCGAUGCUGAAGAAGGUAUCCGUUUCCGUGGUUUGACCAUUCCUGAUUGCCAAAAGGUCCUCCCUGGUGCUGAAGAAGGUGGUGAACCUCUUCCUGAAUCUCUCUUCUGGUUGCUCGUCACUGGUGAAGUCCCCACCAAGGAACAAGUCAAGGCUCUUUCUGCUGAAUGGGCUGCCCGUUCUUCUAUCCCUGAAUUCGUUGAAGAACUCAUUGACCGUUGUCCCAAGUCCCUCCAUCCUAUGUCUCAAUUCUCUCUUGCUAUCAACGCUCUCCAACACGAUUCUCACUUUGCCAAGGCUUACUCUGCUGGUAUCCACAAGUCUCAAUACUGGGAUCCUACCUUCGAAGAUACCAUGGACUUGAUUGCCAAGCUCCCCAAGGUUGCUGCCCGUAUCUACCGUAACGUCUACAAGGAUGGUAAGCUUCCUGAAAUCGAAGCUGACAAGGAUUACUCUUACAACUUCUCCAAGCUCUUGGGUUUCGAGAGCAACAAGGACUUUGUUGAAUUGAUGCGUCUUUACCUCACCAUCCACUCUGAUCACGAAGGUGGUAACGUCUCUGCCCAUACUACACACUUGGUCGGUUCCGCUCUCUCUGAUCCUUACCUCUCUUUCGCCGCCGGUUUGAACGGUUUGGCUGGUCCUCUCCACGGUUUGGCUAACCAAGAAGUCCUCCGUUGGACCUUGAAGUUGAAGGACAACAUUGGUGUUGAUGCUUCCGAAGAACAAAUCAAGAAAUACCUCUGGGACACCCUUAACGGUGGUCAAGUUGUUCCCGGUUACGGUCACGCUGUCUUGCGUAAGACUGAUCCUCGUUACACUGCUCAACGUGAAUUUGCCUUGAAGCACUUGCCCGAUGAUCCUCUCUUCGGUUUGGUCUCCAAGUUGUACCACAUCAUUCCCGGAGUUCUUACUGAACACGGUAAGACCAAGAACCCUUGGCCCAAUGUUGAUGCCCACUCUGGUGUCCUUCUCCAAUACUACGGUCUCACUGAACAAGAUUACUACACUGUUCUCUUUGGUGUUUCUCGUGCUCUCGGUGUCACUUCCCAAUUGAUCUGGGACCGUGCAUUAGGUUUCGCUCUUGAACGUCCCAAGUCUUACUCCACUGCUCACUUGAAGAAGAUGCUUGGUGCUAACUAAGUUCUGUAAAUAAUAAAGUAAUUGUAAAUGACAUUAGUUUGAAUAAUUGGCCAAUUAGACAAUUUAUGUAUUGAGCAUGUCAAAAAAUAAACUCCCAUUGAAUGAUUAGAGAUAC